CCUAGAGAUGUUUCUAGUUGGGAGCCUGGUUGUCCUCUGUGGGCUGCUGGCCCAGAGCUCAGCCCAGCUGGCAGGCCUGCCCUUGCCCCUGGACCAGGGCCUGCCCUUGCCCCUGGACCAGGGCCUGCCCAUGUCCAUGGGUCACUGCCGGCCCUUGCACCUGGGCCAGAGCCUGCCCUAUGGGAUGACUCCAGUCAUAUCCACAUAUCCUACAGAACAGCUUGCUAGAAACUUCAGAGAUGGCUUCAGACAAGGCCUGUUGUCCGGGGGGAUUCUGGGAUUUCUGGAACGCAUGCCUCUCCUGAGCUACGUGAGACCUGCAGGAAGCAAUGCUCGUGGUCUGGUCGGGGUGCUUGGAAAAGUGAUUUCAUCAAUUCCUCUCCUGAACAACAUCCUGGACAUAAAAGUCACUAAUCCACAGCUGCUGGAGAUCGGUCUCACGCAGAGCUAUGACUUUCACCACCUCUAUGUCACCAUCCCUCUGGGCUUUGAACUCAAAGUGAACACACUCAUGGUUGGAAGUCUGGUGGAGCUGGCUGUGAAGAUGGAUGUUACUGCAGAAGUCUACGGUGUGAGAGACAUUCAUGGGAGGAGCCGUCUGGUCAUUGGUGACUGCAUUCACCCUCCUGGCAGCUUGCACAUCUCCCUGAUUAAUGGACUCAGUCCCCUUCAAAGCCUGAUAGACAGCCUCACAGACAUCUUGACUAGAGUCAUUCCUGGCCUGGUGCAGGGUGUGGUAAGAGAUCAAAGGGACAGUCCCCUGCUCCAGGGCUCUUAG